UGCUCAUCAACCACAUUGAUCAAGAUGUCUCCCGUCGAAGAAACCGGAGACCAGUUCUCCGUCCUCCCAAUAAAGAUCCCCGCCACACCGUCAUACCCAGAGACCGCCAUUCACGAAGUUCGUAUACGGAAAAAUGCGCCCAAGAUACCUACCGCCAACGAUUCACGAAGUCUAUUCCUCAAGAACAUUCCCGCCGACAGUACAGAACCUCACUUUCGCGCUGUCUUUACACAACUUGUAGGCGCUGGGCGCUUUGAGAGUAUUACCUUCGAAGACGAAUCACGGACGCUGCUACCUAUUGAUCCUGCGCAAGCCACAAAAGUUGCAGGCUUUGCGAAAAAGAGAAAACGCGGCGACGUUGAGGCAGAAGAGCGGGAGCGAGAAGAGGAAGCUGCGCAAUUACCGCAGAUCUGGCCGCGGCGCGUGCAACGCAGCAGCAGCACAGCAAUUGUGCUUCUCGCAGACGAGAAGAGUGUGCAACUAGUCCUCAAGGCUAUCGCAAAGCUACAGAAGAGUAAAAAGUAUCCUACAUGGGGUAGCGAUCUCUCCGACGACGUGCCCUCCCUCGGCUCAUCAUGGAUCGCAUCGCAUCUGCAACUCUCGCGUGUCGACAAGCCAGCCACCCAAAAGGCUGUCCACGCCUUCUUCACUGCAUUCAACCGCAAGGAGAAGGAGGCUAUCGAGCUGGCUAAGCGACUGCGCAAUGAGCCAGACGAGGAUGGUUUCGUUACAGUGACUCGCGGUGGACGGGCCGCUCCCGCCAGCCGAAACGAGGCCGAGGAAGCCAAGCGCAGAAUGAUCGAGAGGGAUACCAAGAAGAAGUCUGAAACCAAGGACUUCUACCGCUUCCAAAUGAGAGAGCGACGCAAGGCGGAGCAGAUGGCUUUGAUGAAGAGAUUCCAAGAGGAUAAGAGAAAGGUGGAAGCGAUGCGGGAAAAGAGGGGCAAAUUCCGACCAGAGACAUGAGACGCUUGGUAAAGCUACGGUUCAUAGCAUGUCAAGCUCGGUCUACACAAGGGUACUGUUUCAAAGAUAUCCAUGUUGACGCGCAACUUAUACCCGAG